CCUACAAGCUACUUCCCCAUAAGAAAACCAAACUGCGCAACAAGCAGACUAGUCUGCCACUGUGAUUGCACAGGACCUGUAAAGGUGUCCAUCUCAAUUGCAGGAACGGAGCUGUGUAACCAAGAGUGGCCAGCAUGUCAGUGACUGUGACCAAAGGUGGAGGGGUGACUGUAUUUACAGUGAACUCUAAAGAAGGAAGCAGUUGGCCCCUGCUGUGUCAAAUACUUGGGACCUUGUGCUACAGCCCAGCAUGCUCUGUGUCCCAGGGACUGAGGAGGCUCCAAGCAAGUUCCCAGUCAGCUCUGGGGACUAUACAGAUCAUGGUGGGAGUACUCAACAUUGGCUUGGGAACGAUCCUUGUUAGCACUGAUUCUUCUAGCUCACUGCGAUGGAAUGGGGUUCCUUAUUGGCUUGGUGGUGUGUUUAUAGCAGUUGGCAUCAUGUGUAUCUUGGCUGAGAAGUUCCCCAGUCCCUGCUUGGUGGGCAUCAAUGUGUUGAUGAACCUGUCAGGUGCUGCUCUGGCCAUGACUGGAAUUGUGCUGUAUGCUGUAGACCUGGCAGACAACCAUUUCUGGUGGAUUUGCAAUGAUGACCACUACAACUGGCAAGAUGACUACUAUGGUGGCCAGGUGACAAAACCCCCCAGUGAUCCGGAGAGGGAUAGACUUUUGGCGAAAUGCAAAGGUGCCAAGCAGAUUGCACAGAUGUUGAUGAAUGCCUUGGACAUUGUGCUCAUCGUCCUUGCAGUUUUUCAGCUUUGUGUCACCAUAAGCUCUGCGGUGUUGGGUCUCAAGGCUUUGUACAAGAAUGGAGAGGAGGGAAAAGAGAACAUUCGGGACCUGGAGCAGUAUAAGCCUCUGCUGGAGGAGGUCACCACUAACCCUGCAGCUUAAAGAGCACUGAUCUGAUCUGAUAUACUUUAUUGACCACGUGGGGAAAUUUGUCUUGGAUGAUUACAGAGUGGUGCUGCUUCCACAUGGAAUACAUAAAUAAAUAGAAUCAAAUGUAUUCUUCAUAAAUGGAUCAUCCUACAACCACCUCCACACAUUUGUUGUUAUACAUACAGUAUGUAGUACAUAUAGUUCACUUACUUAAUUUACUGUAACGCCUGCUGUGACUUUGCUUUGUGUAAAUGACAACUGACACUGACUGUAUGCCUUCAUGCGUUUCAUAUUUGUCAUUUUUCCAAAACUGAAAGGACAGUUAUAAAGGGGACUAUAUCAAGUUAAUUACUGAAUUGACUGUUGUAUAUUAUUUUUUUUCUGCAUUUUGAUAGUAAGAAAUUAUCUUUUAUUCUGUUGUCCCCCCCCACCACUUCAAAAAAAAAUAAAGUUUCAUAACAGUUUUACUAAA